AUGUCACAAUCUAGGUUUGUGAAAAUCACACUGAACUCUUUGGGUCUCCUCUUUUAGAUCUAUCCAGCCUACCAUGUCUGAACCGGGUUCUGGUUGUGGUGUUCCAGCCCAGAGAAGCUCACAGCGGGGUCCAGAGAUGCUGUCAGUGAAGCUGGGGGACUGCAAUCAAACAGUGGAACUCAAUGUGAUUGUCAAAGAGGAGGGUGAAGAGAGAGAAAUCAAUGAGGGGGAGGAGGAAGAGAGAGAGGAGGACAAGGACUCUGUUGACUCAGGAGAGAGCCCCAACCCAGACCCAGACAACGAGCCCAGUUCCACAGUAUCAAGACUACCUGGGCGUGGGAGUUACCCAUGCCCUCAAUGUGAGAAGAGUUUCAGUUCCUCAACUAAUCUAAAGAAUCAUCAAAGAGUACACACUGGAGAGAAACCUUUCGAAUGCUCAACAUGUGGCAAGAGGUUCAGUGAGAAAGUAAACCUUAAGAGACAUGAGAGAGUACAUAGUGGAGAGAAGCCUUACCACUGCACCACAUGUGGGAAGAACUUCAAUCAUUCAGGAAGUCUUAAGCAACAUCUGCGAAUACAUACAGGGGAGAAACCUUACCACUGCUCUCUUUGUGGGAAGAGUUUCAGUCGGGCAGGAGACCUGAAGACUCAUCAGAGAUCCCACAGUGAAGAGAAGCCUUACCACUGCUCUCUUUGUGGGAAGAGUUUCAAUCAGCCAGGAAAUCUAAAAAGUCAUCAGCGAAUUCACAUUGGAGAGAAGCCUGCCUGUGCUUUAAAUUUGAUUGUCAAAGAGGAAGAGGAUGAGAAGGAAAUCGAUGAGAAGGAAAAAGGAGAAGUUGAGGAAGAGGAGGAAAAUAGUGGUGUAAUUGACCUAGGUACAUUAAGACUUCCUGGUCGUGGGAGUUACCCCUGUCCUCAAUGUGGAAAGAGUUUCAGUUCUUCAGGUAAUCUAAAAAAUCAUCAAAGAGUACACACUGGAGAGAAACCUUUCCACUGUGCCACAUGUGGGAAGAGUUUCAGUGAAAAAGUCAACCUUACGAGACACGAGAGGGUACAUAGUGGAGAGAAGCCUUACCACUGCACCCAAUGUGGGAAGAGCUUCAAUCAUUCUGGAAGCCUUAAGGAGCAUCAAAGAGUACAUACAGGGGAGAAACCUUACCACUGCUCUCUUUGUUGGAAGAAUUUCAGUCAGCCAGGAAACCUUAAGAAACACCAGAGAAUACAUACAGGGGAGAAGCCUUACCACUGCUCUCUGUGCGGAAAGAAUUUUCGUUUCGCAGGAGACCUAAAGAAUCAUCAGAGAUCACACAGUGGGGAGAAGCCUUACCAAUGCUCUCUAUGUGGGAAGGGAUUCACUCAGCUAAGAAUUCUUAAAAGUCAUCAGAGGAUACAUAUUGGAGAGACGCCUGCCUGUGCGUUCAAUGUAUUUGUCCAGGAGGAGGAGAGGGAAAUCAAUGUGGAGGAAAAGAGAGCUGUUGAGGAAGAGGAGGACAAUAGUGGUGUAGUUGACCCAAAUAUAUCAAUACUACUUGGUCGUGGUCGUUACCCCUGCCCUCAAUGUGAGAAGAGUUUCCGUUCCUCAAGUAAUCUAAAAAAUCAUCAAAGAGUACACACUGGAGAGAAACCUUUCCACUGCUCCCAAUGUGGGAGGGGUUUCAGUGAGAAAGUAAACCUUAAGAGACAUGAGAGAGUACAUAGUGGAGAGAAGCCUUACCACUGCACCACAUGUGGGAAGAGUUUCAAUCAUUCAGGAAGCCUUAAAGAACAUCAGAGAAUUCAUACAGGCGAGAAACCGUACCACUGCUCACUGUGCGGAAAUAAUUUCCGUUUUGCGGGAGACCUAAAGAAUCAUCAGAGAUCACACAGUGGAGAGAAGCCUUACCACUGCACUCAGUGUGGAGAGAGAUUCACUCAGCUAAGAAGUCUAAGAAGGCAUGAGAGAAUAUCCAUUGGAGCAAAGCCUGCCUGUGCUUUCAAUGUGAUUGUCCAAGAGGAGGAGGAGGAGGGAGGAGAGAGAGAAGUUGAGGGAGAGGAGAGUAACGUGAAAUAAAGGUGAAGUGAGGAUACAUAAGCAACUCUAUAGGUAUUCAAAUUCACACCUUUCCUUGCAAUGGUGUCUUCUGUGACAACAUGGUCAUGGGCAGCACCAUUUAGGGCUAUCUUCGUCUUCUUUUAUUUCUAUGAGUGUAUUGGAAGUUCACAAAUGAACUCAACUUGAAUACCAUUACCACCACCACCACCUAAUGUGCUGGAGAGUGUAUUAAUCUGACCUUUAUUUUGACAGGGAGUCAAUGCUGAGACCAAGGUCUCUUUUUCAGAUGAGCCCUGAAAAGCACCACAAUACACAUUAAACUACCAAUUCAUAUACACAUUAAUAUACAAUAAACACAUUAAACUACACAUUCAUAUGCACAUUAAUAUACACGUUAUUAUACACAACAAAACACGGAAACCAAAACACAAUCAUAAAAAACAAACAAAUCCAGUAACAAGGUCCCAUAACAACCGUCUGAAAUGUCCUAAAGGCACUAAUUCCUCCAUUCUAGAUCAUUCCACACACAAGGCGCAAGGAAACCCAAGGCUGAUCUACUUAAAUCUCUAGACACCAAAGGAGUCUCUAAAGUUAAUAAGGAUUGGACCUGUUUUCCCCCAAUUUUCGCCUAAAAUGACAUACCCAAAUCUAACUGCCUGUUGCUCAGGACCUGAAGCAAGGAUAUGCAUAUUCUUGGUACUCCCAGGAAUGUCAUACAUGAUGGAUCAUUAGCUUAUACACUAACUUUCACACAUCUAGAUGGCCGGGCAGGGUGGGUGUGGAGACAGAGACAGCAGGGGUUCAAACUGUAGAACCCAGUUCCUAUAUUUAAAUAGAACAAUAGCAAUUUAAUUUAUCAAAUAAAAACUAUGCUACAUUUUA